AUGGUUCUUAUUUUCAGAAAAGCGCGUCUUUCGACUCCUGAUAAUUGAACGAAGACGCGAAUUAGAACGUGCAAACGUUUGAGCCGAGUAAUAGAAUGAAUGAAAUAAAGCGUGAACGUGAUCAAAAGAGAUAAGAAUCAGAAUAUAAAGACGCAGUUUGAAAAAAGUUACUCAUUUCAAAUCGAUUUGUCGAGGAAGUCGCGUUCUUCAAGAGGCGACGGUGUAGAAUUCCUUCACAAAUUGCAUGCGUUAGUUUUAUCAAUGCAACAGGUUUCUUAAUGAUAUUAUUUCAGUGAAUUAGAAAAAAGGCAUUGGAUGAUGUCGCCAAAAAAUGAAACCAGUAAGGACAAAGAAAAUGGCACUGGAAAACACCAGAGCAAGAGCAAGUACGAAAUAUAUAUUUUCUUUCAGUUUUAAAGAAACUUUUAUUGAAGGAAACAUGAUCGGAAGGCUGGGAAAAGCGCCGUCAAGGAGAAAAAGUAUGAUGAGAUUUUUAAGAAAAAAGAUGGACAGAAUUGGUUACAGCAAGACUGAGAAAGAACUGAAGUCGAAGGAGAAACGCGAGAAAGAGCCGAAAGAGAAGGAGCUGAAGGAGAAGCGCAGCUGCAAAACUCUUUCCAGCCUCAGCAAGACCGACGUCAAGAUUCAAGGCUCCAAAGACAAGCUCAAAACUGCCAAUUUGAAGGACAAGAGCAAGCAUCCCCACGCCAUGUCUGUUUAAUUUCUCGAAGAAUUGAUUUCGCUUCCAGAAGUCCGAGUGGUCUCGUUGCCAAGAAGAACUCCGCGACAUCGUCCACGCCGAAUCCCAAUCCAGCUAUAACUGCAGGUCGCCUAAAAAUUGUUUUCUGAGAUUCGGAAUGUCUGAAAAAUAGUUUUUUUUUAAAUGUAAGCUAGCAGUAAAAUUAUCUCAAAGUCCGAAAAACUGCUCGGCUGUAUUUACUUCUUGUGUACAUAGCGGGCUCAGAAAAGUUUCCGAAAACAGCCUCAAAAAGCUCAUUGUUCAAACCUUAUUCAAAACUCUGAAAAUGCGAUUAGGAACGUUUUUCCCAAAAUUCAUCCUUUCCUAAUCCUAAAGUGGUUUUUUAGGAGCGGCGGCCGCUCCAACUGCUCCAUCCACCGCUGCACCGAAGUCAGCCAUCCCGACGAAUUCCGCCGCCACUGUGACGCCGACAGGCGCCACCGCCCUCAAAACAACGCCAUCGCAGACACCCGUUACGACGGCUAACACGACUUCGACCGCUCCAGGAACCACUCCGACGAGCACGACUCCAACGACGACGACGACUACUGACGGCAAGCCAUCGCCCGGCAAAAAAGCGGCAGACAACAGAAUGUCAAUCGAAGAGGGGAAGAGCGGAAAGAAAAAAACCGAUGGGAAGGGCAAGAAAGAGAAGUCCGCUGACUCGAAGGACCUGAAGAUUUCGCCGGCUCCUGUGGCUAAACUGGCUGUGCCUGAGGACAAGACCUUCGCGAGCAAGAAGCCAACGGAAGAAAAGGAGAAGGAGCAGCAAAACGAAGGCUCCAUGUCCGAAAUGCCUUCUGUUCCAGCUGUGAGUCUUUUUCGCAAGUUUUCUGAGAAGUUUAUCACUUCAGCCACCUUCUAAAGCGGCCAAAAUGGAAGAUGGCUAUGAAGACUUCGGCCCUGGCGCCGUUUGA